AACAAAACGAAAGGAAAUUAAAAAUUUGACAACCUUAAAAUUUAAAUUUUAGUUUAAAAUGGCAGUUCCGUGCACUUUCGCAUACAAUGAUCCUUCAUUAGACGAAAAAUUCUAUACGUGUAAAGUUUUAGACUAUGAAUUUCCUGAAUCAAACGUAAAAAGUGUUCAUGGACUUCAUUUGGAAGAGAUGACUAACCAAGAUGUGAUUUAUUUACAUCUGGAAAAUUGCAACACUCCCAAAUUACCGCAAGGGUUCACAAAAAUAUUCCCAAACUUAUUAGCCUUGUGGAUCGAAAAUUCUAAUUUGAAACAACUUACCAAGAAUGACCUAGCUGAAUAUAAGUCUAUAGGAGUAUUUGUCUCCAUUAAAAACGAUAUUGAGUUUUUGGCGGCUAAUUUAUUUGAGGAUUUCGAAAAUUUAAUAGUUAUAAGUUUUAAUGAUAACAAGCUUAAAACAAUAGAACCGAAUAUUUUAGAUGGACUCAAUAAAUUGUCCUACGUCGGUUUAAGGUCAAAUACAAACUACAAUAUUCAAUUUUCAUCAACUGGAGCAGCUAGAACUGAUUAUCUCACAAUGCAGGAACUAAAAGACGAACUAUUCAAAAAAUUCUUUGACUCAGAAUCACCAGAAAUUAAAAAUUUUGUUCAAAAAUUGCAAACAAGCAUUGAGCAAUUAAAAAGCUCAAAUAAAAAAUUACGAGAAAAAGUUCAAAAUUUAGAAGAAUCUGAAAAAGAUUUAAAAGCAGAACUUAAAAAGUGGAAUGAACGCAAAAAUCUUCUCGCCGACAUUCAAAACUUCAUCGACAACCAAAAGUAUCGUGAUCUUCAAAUUCAAAUUAGCGAUCGUGAAUUCAAAGUCCACAAGUUUCUUUUCGCAGCACGAAGUCCAACUCUGGCUGACAAAUUUCUUGAAAAUCCAGAAGCUGAAAAUUUAAAUCUACCCGACAUUGCUGUUGACACUUUUGAGGACAUUUUGCAUUUUAUUUACACUGAUGAGCUUCCAAGUGAUGAAAAUACCGAUUUUGUUAAGCUUUAUGGUGCAGCAUCGAUGUUGAAAAUCAACUUAUUGAUAGAUUUUGUAGCUCCAAAAGUUAUGGAAAACAUAAAUCAAAAAAAUGCCGUUGAAGUUCUUAUUUUAAGCAACAAGUUCAAAAAUUAUGAAAUGAGACAAAAAGCUUUUGAAGAGAUCAAAAAAGUUAACCCGGAUUUAUCAGACAACUGGAUUGAUAAGCCUGAAAAAGUCAAGAAAUUUAUUCAAGUUUUUGGUGGAAAUUAAAUUAACAAUUUUAAAAUUUAUCACCAGAAAACAGAGAAAUGUAAUUUUUAGCUAUGAGCAAUUCAUUUAAAUAAGGUUCAAUUUAUAAAUUUGUGUAAUAAAAUUUAAAAAGAUUAAAAAUUGAUGCAUUAAUAUUCUUAGUAUUUAAAGUAUUAAGGAGCAUUCCCAAGGAAGACCGAAGAUUUCGUCGAUUGGAUAUGUCGCUAGAGUCAGAAGGUAGGCAGAAGAUUUCUAAGGAUAAAGUUGUCUUAAGAUGAUCUCUAAGCGUGGCAAUACGCCCUCGUGGAAAGCCAUGGAAAGACUAUUCUGGGUUAAAGUCACCAGUACACACGACUUAUCCAUGAGACGGCAAGAGGUGGUGGUUGAGGGUCAAAAGACAGGAAAUAAAAUACGCAGUUAACUUUUCCUAGAAAAUUAAUUCUUA